AUGGGAAUCAUUGGAUCUCUACUCUACCUUACUGCUAGCAGGCCGAACAUUGUAUUUGGUGUGAAAUUAUGUGCAAGGUUCCAAUCAAAUUUUAAGGAAUUUCAUCUGAAGGGUGCUAAGAGAAUUCUGAAAUAUUUUAAGGGCACACAGAACCUGGUUCUGUACUAUACUUCAGGUGAUAAUUUCAACCUUAUUGGUUAUGCUGACACUGAUUAUGCAGGUUAUCUGGUGGAUAGGAAAAGCACAUCUAGAAUGGCUCAUUUACUUGAAUCAUGUUUUAUCUCAUGGGGUACAAGGAAACAAAACUCAGUAGCUCUCUCAACAGCUGAAGAAGAGUAUGAUGCAGCUACCUCGUGA